AUUGAAAUGAAACGGCCCGCACCAAAAUCAAAAACCCUAGCUACGUCGACAUUUUAUCAUCCUCUUUCUGAAAGCCUAGCUUGCUCCCCCCCGCGGCUCCUUGUCUGCUUCCUCUCUCGCGCUGUAAGUUUUUUGAUCGGAUAAAAAUGAAGGUGAUCGCUGCCUACUUGCUUGCCGUCUUGGGAGGGAACGCUAACCCUUCUGCCGAUGAUUUGAAGGAUAUUCUCGGAUCAGUUGGAGCUGAGGCUGAUGAUGACAGGAUAGAGUUGCUCUUGUCCGAAGUCAAGGGCAAGGAUAUUACCGAGUUAAUUGCAGCUGGAAGGGAGAAGUUGGCUUCAGUCCCUUGUGGCGGUGGUGCUGUCGCCGUUGCUGUUCCUGCUGCUGGUGGCGGCGGUGGUGCUGCACCUGCUGCUGAGGCCAAGAAGGAGGAGAAGGUCGAGGAGAAGGAAGAGUCUGAUGAUGAUAUGGGUUUCAGCCUCUUUGACUAAAAGCCUGAAAUGCAGGCAUGUUUGCAUUCAAGAGUUGUUAUAUGCAGUUAGUGCUUUUAUUUUGAGUCCUACAAUAUUUUAUAUGUCUUUUUUGGUCUGUUGAAAUUAGAGCUUGGAACUCUUGAAGUUUUGUUUAGAAAACAUUAACAUUUCAAUUAUAAUUGUGAAUUUUUGGAUCUUAUGGUUCAUUUGGCUCUAUUAGUUUGAUUAUUGCUAAACAAUUAAGUGUUUAUGAUUUCUGGUA